AGUAGCGUCAUAACGUCGACAAUUAUCUACCAGUGGCCUCUUUUACACGCGGUGGCUGGUCGCGUCUCAGACUGCAGCCCUAAAACCAGUUACGAGUCGCCAUUUUGUUCGGCCACCAGAAGUUAGCGUUGCCUUCGUGCAGAUGCGACUACGGAAUCGGCCAAAAAUGCCUACUGAAUGUUCCGAUACGAAUAAUAGUGAUGAUUUCGAGGCACCGAAUUUUGAUGUCAGGAAAUUCAUAACAGAAGUGGAACAAAGGCCGGCAAUUUGGGAUACAACAUCCAAAUUUUAUUCAGACAAGCAAAUGAAAAAAAAUUCUUGGGAUGAACUCGUGGGCAUUUUCAUCAAUAAAGAAAAUCCUUCGGAAGACGAAAGAAACGAAUAUUGUAGAAUAUUGCAACGCAAAUGGAAGAGUGCGAGAGAUUGCUUCAACAGAGAAUGCCAGAGGCUGAAAAUGGCGCAACAGGGCAUCAUUACGUCUCGAAAAUCACCGUAUGUAUUCUACAAAAAUCUUUCGUUCCUUCACAAAGUAAUGAGUAAGAGUAAAUCGAUCAACUUGACUAAGAAUGCAGAACCUACUUCGAACGAUACUUCAAACAGCACCGAUGCUUCAACAGUCAGCAACACGGAUACAUCACUUAACACCACAGACAAUUCAUCAGUCAGCAAUACAGACACUUUAUCUCCUAACUAUACAACAAGCACUCCAUCGACGAGCGCCGAACAAAUGCUUAUCGACGAUGUCUAUCAACUUGAUGAUGAUGAUUCCUCACCUGAGCCCAGCACUGAACGAAGACCGAAAAGACCGAAAGUUGAGAAUGAUCUUGAUGAUGACUCAGUUUUGACAAGAAUGUUGCAGCCUAACAUACAGUUGAUAGAAGGGAAAGUACAGACAACAGAAAGUGCAGCUAAAACACUAGAAGAUGAUAGUGAUCGAUUAUUUUUGUUGUCCCUACUUGAGCCUUUAAAACAAGUUCCAGAUAGGCUAAGAAUGUCUGUUCGUGUAAAGAUGAUGCAAGUUGUAGAUAGUGCCAUGAAGUGGGGCAAAGACUUGGCAUUGGAAUAAUCAGCUGACGAUUCGUGUGCCCUUCCAUGCCAUUGACAUUCAUUUUUGAAACAAAAUUCAAUAACCCUAAAUAAGAUUUUUCUUAAAAAGCUAGUUUAAGAACAAAUAUUAAAUAGUUGAUAAAUUUAUGAAAUAAUUUUUCCUUAUUAAAAGCGUUUUUCGCAAUUUUCUUCAUUCGUGAGGCAGGUUUAUGAUUAAUAAAUUUAACAAAAAAGAAAAGAAAAAAAAAUGGAAAUAUUUAAAUCAACAGUUAUUUUCUAUACAAAGCAAUUUUUUGAUCAAAAUCAAUAAUAACAAAAAAAUAGUCGAACGAAAAAUAGAAUCAUGAUAAAAAUUUUACUUAAAGUUAAAUGAGGCUUAUCAUUGUCGUGCUAAUUUCACCUUUUUGAUAGAUCUCUUGUGUUCUUAAGUUAUUCUAUUUUAUAUGAAAAUAGACACUGUAUAGCUUUAUUCACUACUCAUUGCAUGUAGAAUUAUUUUUGAUUGAUGACUGUCUAAUUCAUGUUCUGGAAGAUGAAAAAAAAAGAUGUUUUUCCCCUUCUUGACCUUGAACGAAUUUGGCAGUCUUCCAGGAGAAAACGAUUUUCGGUGGCAGACGAAAAGGAAUAUUUCGUUGAUUGAUUGCCAUGAACUGUUGAAAUAACUUUUUUCUUGCCAGCAGCAUUCCAUCAAAAUAGAAAUAAAAUUGCCAGUAUUUCUUUUAGUGCUGUAAAAAUGUUAGAUUAUUAAUACACUGUGAUAGAUAAAAUUCUUUUCUUAAUGCUUAUUGAUAUUAUAAUCUUAAAAAGCGGUUACCCAGUUAAAAUCUUUAAAUUCAAUGACUAAUAUCAUUUAAUAAUUAAUCAUAGUUAACAUUGUUUUUUUAGAUAACAAAAGAAAAAAUAUCUUCAUCUGAGUAAAAUGUGAUAUUCAUUAAUGUAUAUUCAUGUUUGCCAUUAAGAACUACAUAUUUCU